GCUCUCCCGUUAAUCGUAUUAUUGUAUUUUAUUCGCGACUUUACGGACCAUCCGUUUAUUUUUAGUUUUGUACUGAAAACGCACUAACUGUGUCCAAUAAUGUAUUGGAAAGGGGACAAAACCAAUAGGGCUAACUACAUCCGCCGUCUAAAGCAAUUGAAACAGAAUUUAAAAUUGUACCGAAAUAAACACACUAUGGACUGUAUAAGGGUGAUCACUAAGUCAUUGAAACUUGAUGAACAUUGGGAGACCCUCGAAAAUGUGCUAACAGAGGAUCAUACCGAUGAAGAUGUUAAGAAAUGUCUUCAUAACGUGGUGAACAAGAUUACUGUAAACGGAGUUUACAACGGUAAACGUAUGAAGGGCCAGUUUGACAUGACAAUGGAUUUGGUUGAAAACAUGACAAAUAUUGAUGUUAACUCAACUGCAAUGGCAAUCAAUGAAAUGAAACCUUUUAAAAUGAACUCAUCAGCAAUCUAUAAUAAUACAAAGAAUCCAUUUAAAAUCGACUUGUCAGCAAAUUAUGUCAACCAAGUAAACCGUGAUGAUAUUGAGCCAACAGACAAUGUGAUAAACAAAUUUAAUCAUAUGCACCUCCAUGGUUGUAAAUGUUAUAGGAAAUAACUUAAGAAUGUGUCAUUUGUGUG